AUGCUAGACAAAGUAGCGAAUGGUUGCUCCCUGGUCAAAAGCCGAGUGAGCGAUGAGAUCAUAAGCCAAGUGAAGAAUAACACUCAGGAGCUAGAGAUCAGCAAAGAUGGCAAUGUCUACACCUCUCGGACCAUACAACCCAACAGAACACAUGAAGUGAAGUUCGAGUUGGGAAAGGAGUUCGACGAGACCCGACAAGAUGGAAAGACUGUUAAGUCACUAGUGGUGGCGGACGGCAACCGACUCAUACAGACCCAGAAGGGCGGCGAAAAGGACCUGAAGAUUGUUCGCGAGUUCAACGGUAAUGAACUCCGAGUGACCGUCACGUCCGGCCCCGUGGUGUCGGUGCGUACCUACGCUAGAAAGUAGGCCUAAAACACGGAGAAACAUUUGUUUUGCUCAAUAAAUAGUCGAUUGAACUCAAAAAUAUUUAGCAGAAAAAAUAAAAUUAUAAUUUUUAUAUUUUAUAUUUUGAAAAUCUCAAUGUAUGAGCUAAAUAUUCAAUAAAAAUAAGCCUUUCCCU